UUUGCCAAAUAUCUUUGUGGCAUCAUAUUUAUUCAAAUAUUGAGUGCAAGAUGGGUCGAAAGCUGUACGUGCAGUAAUGCGACACGAGAGGAAAAAUUUUGUGACAGCGAUUAUACUGUUAUUGGGAGAUUGAUCGGUCGUUUUGUGACCCCAGGGGUACAGAAGAAUAUCUUUGUUAUUCAAGUGCAGUUCCAUAUCAAGGGAUCUGGUCCAAAAUACAUUGAACUUGAAAGUCCCAUGGGUAUAUUCAAGUGUGGAACCGUGUUAGAUGUUGGACAAGACUACAUACUAGCAGGCAAGAUCAAAAGUGGAAUCAGGGGAGAACUUAGUGUUUGUUCAUGGCAAGAAAAAUGGUCCGAGUGUCCUUUCCUCGUUAGGUGGCGCCUACUGCAAAAACAAAUCACAUGUAGAAGUCAGCGAGUAAAAUCACAAGACAACCACAUCAGUCUGACUCAGAAUGAAAACACAUUGUAUCCGAAUCAUCAACAGAACCACAUGUCUGCACCAGAGCAUCAAAUUCCACUGCCAGAACAAACAUCAAACCAUAUACCAGCGCCAGAGCAUCAAAUACCACCAGCAGACCAAACGUCAUACCAAAUGUUCCAAAUAUCACACCCCAAAAACCACAUAUAUCCCUCCCGAAGUCAUAGGCGACAGCCUCAAAGCUUCAUGGACAGAAUGAUGAUGGAGAAUCACUUAGGUAUGUCUGACCCACAAGAACACAUGGACUACAUAGGAGGGCGUGGUCGAAUGACCAUGUACGGGUAUGGAUUAAGUGGGGGAUCGGAUUUCUACAGCCAUUUUCAAGAAUCGAUGGACUAAUUGCAUUAAAGGCUUCAUACGUUUGUGGUGAUACAAUUUUGCAAUACAGCCUCGUUUGUUAUCAGUAACACAUCAUCGUUGGUUUUGUGCUCUUUGUUUUUUAUAAAUGUGUUGUAACUCAUUUUUUGAUUAUUUGUGUUCUAUUGACAAUAUUCUGUUGAAUUUUGUGACAACAAUAUACAUGUUGUGUUGUUGAAAUUUAUUAUGAGAGAGAGAGAGAGAGAGAGAGAGAGAGA